GGGCCGGGCACGGGCGGAGUAGCGCCGCGGGGAUGAGAGCAGCUCCCGCGGGCAGCCGCUGAGGCUGAGGCGGGCGGGGGGCUGCCGGGAGACAGGAGCGGCGAGGAGCGGCUCGGCUCUGCUGAGGAUGGCGCCGGCGAGCGAGCAGCCGUCGCCUCAGGACGACGGGGGUCCCGCGGCCGCCUCCGGCAGCACUGCGACGGAAGCGCGGCGGGAGAACGGCGGAGAGCGGUGCGCGGGGGGAGAGAGCGCGGCCGGACCGCGGGAGGCGGCGGCCGAGCCCCCUGAGGGCGGCUGGGGCUGGGUGGUGAUGCUGGCCGCCAUGUGGUGCAACGGCGCCGUGUUCGGCAUCCAGAACUCGUGCGGGGUCCUUUUCGUCUCCAUGCUCGAGCUGUUCGGCGGCGGGCAGGACAAGCAGAUGGCCUUCAAAACAGCAUGGGUGAGCUCACUCUCUAUGGGAAUGGUCUUCUUCUGUUCUCCAAUAGUCAGCGUAUUCACAGACCUGUUUGGGUGUCGAAAAGUCGCUGUUAUUGGAGCUGCAUUAGGUUUUGUUGGACUCCUUUCAAGUUCUUUUGUAAGCACCAUUGAACCUCUGUAUUUCACCUAUGGAGUAUUAUUUGCCUGUGGCUGCUCAUUUGCAUACCAGCCAUCUUUGGUCAUUCUUGGGCACUAUUUCAAGAAACGCCUUGGACUUGUGAAUGGCAUCGUCACUGCAGGCAGCAGCUUGUUCACUGUGUCUCUGCCCUUCCUCUUGAGAGUUUUGAUUGACUCCGUUGGCCUGUUCAACACAUUACGGGUCCUGUGCAUCCUCAUGUUUGUUCUGUUUCUGGCUGGCUUUACAUACAAACCCCUUGUUUCCAACACCAAAGAUGAGGGAGAAAAGAAAGGCAAGUUCAGAUUUCCUCCUGGAAAAAAGAUUUUCAAUUUCUCCGUUUUCAAAGUCAUGAGUUACCGAAUCUGGGCUUUUGGGAUUCCUGCUGCGCUUUUUGGAUACUUUGUGCCUUAUGUUCACUUGAUGAAACACGUGGAAGACAGAUUUGGUAACGACGUGCAGAAAGAGGUGCUUCUGCUGUGUCUGGGCAUCACUUCAGGGAUUGGCCGAUUGAUCUUUGGCCGAGUUGCAGAUUAUAUUCCUGGUGCAAAAAAAGUUUAUUUACAGGUGGCAUCGUUCUUCUUUAUUGGCUUGAUGUCGAUGAUGAUUCCAGUGUGCAAUGUCUUUGGAGGCCUCAUUGCUGUCUGUCUCUUCAUGGGCCUGUUUGAUGGGUGCUUCAUUUGCAUUAUGGCUCCUAUUGCUUUUGAGCUUGUUGGGGCUCAGGAUGUCUCCCAGGCCAUAGGAUUUCUCCUUGGACUCAUGUCAAUACCUAUGACAGUUGGCCCACCCAUUGCAGGUUUGCUUCGUGAUCGCCUCGGUACCUACAAUGUGGCGUUCUACCUGGCUGGAGUCCCCCCACUUAUUGGCGGAGCGAUAUUAUGCAUCAUCCCCUGGGUCCACGAACGGCGUAAAUUGAAAGAAAGGGCAAAAUCUGUUGACGGAGAAACUACAGAGAAAAUGCUGGAAAACGAAAGCACUUUGGUGUCAGAUGGUGCAGAAAAGCCAGUCAAAGAAAUGGAAUCGGGUGUUUGAUGCUUUCUUUUCCUAUACAAGAUGGACUUUCUUCUACCAAAGCUACAUUUCUAUUUUUUGGCUGAAGAUACUACAUGAUACUAAAGAAGUUCUGAACUGCUGAAAUUACAAAACUGCUCUAAGAAUCUUUUAUACCAUUGAACUUUUUUUGACGAGUCGUUGAGUUUGAUUUCAAGCCACGUUUUCAGAGUAUUUGAAGUUUUGUAGCAUUAGCGUGUACAUGCGUAGCGAUUCUGUGUGUGAAGAGAAUAUUUUUCUAAUUCAUCAGAAUGUAUUUCUUGGAAGUAUGGAAGCUGUGUUUGGUUCACUGACCCAGGAUCCUUCAGUAACUUCUGUGCUCCACUCAAUGCAGGCACACCCAGGGGUGUUUUAUACUGGAACAUUUAGUAGCUCUUAAAACCGAUUUCGUUUUUGAAGUUUCUCGUGCUGCUUUACAGUCUUUUGGAAUCCUGUACCAUGAUUCUAUUUAGUGGGCAAAUAUUGGUGGUAGGUGGAUGGUUGGACUGGACAGUCUUGAGGUCUUUUCCAACCUUGGUGAUUCUCUGAUUCUACAAACAUAAGUAUGCAUCUUUUA